GCGCACGCGCAGAUUUAUUGUUGCUGUGGCUCGCGGUGCGCAUGUGUGCCUCGGUGUUCCAAACAGAAUCCAACCGUCAGAGAGCGAGCGGCGGCGCGAGCGCAGGACUGCGCACGGCAGUCAAAAAUGACAGAAGUGGAGAAGGACCUGGUGGCUAAGAUGCUGCGAGCAGUCCUGCAGUCGAGCAAAGAUGGUGUGGCUUUCACAAGGCUGCAGGGAGAGUAUAAACAACUCACAGGUGAAGUAAUCCCUCAUAAACAGCUUGGAUUUCCAACUCUUGAGAACUACUUGAAAAGCAUUCCUUCAGUUGUGAAGUUUGGAGUUAAUAAAAAUGGAGAGAUUGUUUGUUUCGCCACUAUAAACAACGAGAUUGCACACAUCGCUAAACUGGUGGCCCGGCAGCGAAGUCCUAAGAAGAGACACGGUGGGCAAACAUUGGUAAAUUCCCAAGUACGGCUAAAACGUGUUCCACUAGCCACCCAAGUUGGAAAACCUAAAGCAACUUUAAGGCAACCAGAGUAUACUAGUCAGCCAGGGAAAGGGAGCCGGAGGACAACUAGCUCUUCUACAAGAGGAAAAGGAAGCGUGCAAGGAGCAAAGACUGGCAUGGGAAGAGAGGUGCUUUCAGAUUCCAAAAUACACCCACCAGUUGCUGGUGUGCCUAAGGAUGCUUCAAUUCGUAAACCUCUUUCUAUUACAAUCAAUAGAUCUGAAAAAAGGCCCACUAUGACAUUUCCUCCAAGAUUUCAAAAAGAACUUCAGGUGCAUUUAGCCAAAAAUACUCCAAAUGAACAUAAUGCUGUGUGGAGUGAUGGCAUGGAUAGCGGAAAAUCCAAUUCUUCAGCAUCUCAAUCCAGCUAUAACAGUGAGUUGAUACAGUCCCGACUGAAAGAGAUCAUGGACAAGUAUGCUAAUGGAAUUUGGGUCUCCAAAUUGCCACAAUUAUACAGAAAGAUGUUCAAUGAGGAUCUCCAGCAAGAUGUUUUAAAGCAUUUAGAACAUUGGACCCAUGUAUGCACAGUUGAAAAGUCAGCAUCAAGUGGUUUGGCAGAAUUGCUGCUUUAUCCUCCAAAGAGUGGCCAACAGCAAAGGAAGUCAAGUUUUAACCCAAAGUCAGCUGAUAAAAAACAGGAGCUACCAGUUUCUAAUAAAAUUGUAACUCAAGGAGGGAAAACAGUUGCAUCUAAAAGCCUAGUUCCAAAGGAUUUUGAGGUGAAACAAAAAGUCACUGAGCUAUUACAGAGGUACAGCAGUGGACUUUGGGCCAACGCACUUCCAAAGUUGUUUGAAGAGACAUACAAGAUGCAGUUUCCUCAGAAUAUUUUGGAUGAUCUUGACUGCUUGUCUGACAUUUGCGCUGUGGAUUAUGCAGUAUCUGGUGAUCGGAAAAAGGCAAUUCUUUAUGCAAAAAUGAUGAAAACCACUGACGAGCAAAAUGUUAAACCUAAAGAGUCUCUUUCCCCAGUGAUGGUGACUCCCACUGCUUUGGUGAGGCCAGAACUGAAAGAGGUCAUCAGUGAGGAGCACAAUGAUCUAGGACUCCGUUCACACAGAACCUGCAUUGAUCCCGAACAUCUGGCGUUAACUGAAAAUGAGGUGACUGUGAUUACUAGUGAAUUUACAGAAAGUUGUUCGAUCCAACCUGCUCCUUCCCCACUUAGGAUUCCAGCAGAGCAAUUCCCAUCCGUAUUGGUGGUUGAACUUCACAACACUUCUGAAGCUGUUAUCAGAUACAUUGGGCCAGAAUAUUCUGGUGCUCUUGAACAAAUGGAAGAUGCAAUGAAAGAGUAUUACACUUACACUGGUGAGCUGAAGCCAUUGAGUUCACAAAGUAUUGGACAGCUUGUAGCUGUUAGUGCUGAAGAAGACUCCUGGUUAAGAGCACAGAUUGUUUCAGUGGAAGCUGUAAAAGUCAAGGUGUUCUUCGUGGAUCAUGGUUUUAAUGAGGCUGUUGACAAGACUAGGCUGUACAAGUUAGAUACAAGAUUUUCCACCUUGUCCUUUCAAGCUGCAAAAUGCAAACUAGCAGGUCUUGAAACAUUCUGCAAAGAACCAUGUGUGUUAGAAACCUUUGAAUUUCUGGCCAGUGGAAAGAUACUGCUGAUGGAAAUUUUAGAAAGGAGUGAGGUCCCACUUGUUCUUCUAUAUGACACUUCAGGAGAUGAUGAUUUUAACAUCAAUACUGCAUGUUUGAAGGCUUUGCAUGACAAGACACUUGAGCUGAAUUUGAAGGAAAAUGGCGUGUACCUGAAUGUAGUGGUUACAAAUGUCUGUUCUGAUGGGACCAUCUACUGUCAAGUGCCCUCAAAGGGGUGGACCCAGCUCAAUGCCUUACUGGAAAAAGUUGAGCAGUAUUUUAGCUACCGGUGUUUGAAACAUACUGAUUCAGGCAGACCAUGCCACGAUAAGGGUCCUUCAUCUUUACUUGUGCAUUAUCAGCAAAUCACAUCGGAAUAUUUUGUCUCAUUACCUUUCUGUGGUAAGCGCUGUUUAGCACGAUGGCGAGGGAAAUGGGCACGGGUAGAGAUUACCAAUGUGCAUGGUACACGAGUUGUGGAUAUCCUAUUCUUGGAUACAGGAAUAGUUGCAUCUGUUGCAGUGUCAGAGCUAAGAGAAAUUCCAUCUCCACUUCUUCAGGAUUCUGUAUCCAUACCACCUCAGGCCAUAAAGUGCUGCUUGGCAGACCUCACGUUUAAUAUUGGCAUGUGGACACCGGAUGCAGUACUGUGGCUUAGAGACACUGUGUUAAACUGCUCUGAUUGCAGCAUUAAGGUUGUGAAAGUUGAUGAGGCUAAAGGACUAGUUCAUAUUUACUUAUUUACUUCAAAAAAUUUUCCCAAUCCGGAACGUAGCAUAAAUCAUAAAAUAACAAAUGCAGACCUGUGGAAGCACAGGAAGGAUGUUUACCUGAGUGUUGAACGAAGUUCUACUACCAGCUUUCCAAGCAAUAAAGGUGAUGCAAAUAUUGCAUCAGAGUUUGAUACCAAAAGCCCAGUCAAGGACUUUGGUAUUGCACCAAUCAAGAUGGUCGCCCCACACAUUGUACACAAUGUGCUUCCUUCACCAUUUGUUUUGCCGCAGCCUGGGGAGCACAUGGAUGUCUUUAUUUCGGUAGCUUGUCAUCCAGGGCACUUUGUUUUUCAACCCUGGCAGGAACUGUACAAGUUAGAGGUUCUUAUGGAAGAAAUGGUCCUCUAUUACAACAGUACUGAGUGGCAAUCUGUGCCAAUAGAAAAGAACAAAAUAUUUGUUGCCCAGCUGGAUAACAAGUGGUACCGUGUAUUGGUGAAAGGAAUUCUUACAAAUGGUUUGGUGUCUGUGUAUCAAUUGGACUAUGGUCGACAUGAACUAGUGAGCUGUAGGAAGGUUCAGACACUGGUACAGCAAUUCCGUCAAUUGCCUUUCCAAGCCAUUACAGCCCAGUUAGCAGGUGUCAAAUGUGAACAGUGGUCAGAGGAAGCAUCAAUAGUUUUCCGUAACCAUGUUGAGAGAAAGCCUCUGGUAGCUCAAAUACAGACGGUUCAUGGGAGUGCAUAUCCCUGGGAUCGAAAAGUGGUGACUUAUUUAGUGGACACAUCCCUCCCAGAUACAGAUGUUUGGAUACAUGAUCUGCUGACAGAGUAUCUUGUAGAACUGUCAAAAGUUGCAUAAUCAUUGUUUACCUUAACAACAUUUUCAAAGUAACUUUAAUUUCUGACCAUUAGCAAUAACUGAAAUGAGAGCACAAUACAUAAUCUAGUUUGCUGUUAUUUACAAGGUUUUCAAAUAACUUGGGAAUGGUAUGUUAGUGAUGCUAUAGAGUUGAAAGCCUCAUGCUUUUGUUUGUGUAAAAAAGAACUUAACAGAGUGACUUGUUUGUUCACCUAACAAUGUUUGGAUUACUGAAGAAAUUUGUUUAUUGAAAAUAUGCUAUUGGUUUGCCACUUGCCUUUGCCAUUGGCCAUGUAUUGAAGUGAAGGGUUGUGUAGGAAUAAUAAACUAAUUAAUCAUC